UCUUCAUGAGGCAACAAAGUGUUGAAGCUUGAAGCUCCCGCAUUUUCAAUGGCUUCAAGCCUGUUCUAUUCUCCGUGCUGUUCCAAUGGCCCGGCCUCCGGAACCAGAGCCUCGGGUUUGAAGUCCAGACGCCGCAGCAGCUCCAUCAGAGCCACGAUGAAGCAAAGUAAGUUGGAGAGUGAUGGAGCUACUGCGACGAAUCAAAGUAAGCUGGAGUAUGAUGGAGCUACUGUGACGACUCAAAGUAAGUUGAAGAGUGAUGGAGAUACUGCGAUGAAUCAAAAAGGGAAGACUCCCUUGGAGCUGCAUGUUGAAUUUUUCGAUAGGGAUGGGGAUGGCAAAGUGUACCCCUGGGAAACGUAUAAUGGAUUCAGAGCGUUGGGUUUCGAUAUUCCCUUCUCUGUUUUCAGCACACUUGCACUUAAUGUUGCCUUGAGCUAUCCGACGUUGGAGAGCUGGAUCCCCGACCUACUCUUCCCAGUUCACAUCAAGAACAUACACAAGGGCAUACAUGGAAGUGACACGGGAAUUUAUGAUCAUGACGGGAACUUUGACGAAGCCAACUUUGAGAAGACUUUCGCGAAGUUUGCGCGUACACAUCCGGACAAAAUGACAUUCGACGAGAUCCUAACUAUGACACGAAGAAACCGCGAUGUUAACGACUUUUUUGGAUGGGCCGCAGCCCAGCUCGAAUGGCGACCUGCUUACGAAAUAAUGAAAGACCAGGACGGCUUCGCUUCAAAGGAGGAUAUCCGAGCAAUCUACGACGGCAGCCUGUUUUACCAAGUUGAGCAACGCGUAAAGGGGGCCAAGGAGGUUUCGUAAACUCUUAAUCUUAAUCGCUUCUUUCUUUCA